UUUAUUAAAACAUAUUUACCAAGAAUGGAUUUAUUCAACUUAUUUUUAUACCUAGUCAUAUUUGCCAUCUGCUUAUUUAUAACUCUGUGCGCCGUGCUGCUGCUCACAAGUCAUAAGUAUGCUGAUCUCACGGACAGUCCCUGCGAGCGCACCUACAGUGAUGGCACCAAACUACUUCCAUUCCCUUCACUUGUGAAAGAUGAUCCUUCACUUACAUUGUCUGUUGUGGUGCCAGCCUACAAUGAAGAACUCCGAUUGCCUGAAAUGCUGGACGAGUGCCUGGAGUACCUGACGGAGCGUCGUGAUGGCGACCACAAGUUCAGCUUCGAAGUGAUCGUCGUGGACGACGGCAGCACAGACGCGACGUGUGAUGUGGUCGCGCGCUACACGCAGCGCUACGGCGCCGACACUGUGCGGUGUCUCAAGCUCUCACGUAACCGUGGCAAGGGCGGUGCCGUCAGGAUGGGCGUGUUGCGUGCCCGGGGCUCGCUCAUCCUCUUCGCAGACGCCGAUGGUGCCACCAAGUUCCCUGACCUCGCCAAGCUCGAGGCCUCGAUCGCCCAACUCUGCCCCGGCGUGGUGGAUCUCGGCGCCAGCGUUGCGGUGGUGUGCGGCUCUCGCGCUCACCUCGAGAAGGAUUCUGUGGCCCACAGAUCUCUGUUUAGAACGCUGCUCAUGUACGGCUUCCACAGCCUCGUGUGGCUCUUCACCGUCAGGGACGUCAGAGAUACCCAGUGUGGCUUCAAGCUCCUCACUAGAAGAGCUGCUAGAAUCAUCUUCCAGAACCUACACAUUGAAAGAUGGGCAUUUGACGUCGAGAUGUUGGUGAUUGCUCAGAAGCUUGGCAUUCCGAUCUCGGAGGUGGCUGUGCGGUGGACAGAAAUUGACGGUUCCAAAGUGACGCCGGUGCUGAGUUGGCUGGAGAUGGGCAUUGACUUGGUGCUCAUCUGGCUGCGCUACAGGAUAGGUGCCUGGCGGAUAAACCCGUCGCUCCAAUAACUCUGCUGCCAGCAAAUUAUUUUGUUGUAUUACUUCUUCUGAGAUGACUAGAAUUAUGAUGAAAUUUUGUUAAAUAAUCUCAGUAAGUUAGAGACAGAGGUGUUGAAGGUUUUAAAUUGGAAAUAACGUUGAUUUAGAAGGGACCAUAUCAUCAUUUUAUUCUAAUGUAUUCUGUAAAGCAUAUAUUUUUUAUUAUAAUGAUCACUCAGCAGAACUCAUUAGAUCAAUGGAACUUCAAUAAACGAUUUAAGGAAUAACACACGGAUGAAAUACUAAUUUAUUAAUGCAACAGGAGAUUGUUAACCUGUGAGUAUUUCUAUCUGACCGCCACUACCGAACAAUUGUUGGUCUAGAAACAAUCUGCGGGAAAUAUCAUUCCUAUUUGUAAAUGAUUUUUUUUUGCGUUUUUCGGCCUUUUUUUAUAUUUGUUUUCUUCGAUCCUUUCAAUCGCGAUUCUAUUUAGAAGCAGUUGUUCGAAACUGAACUUGCUCAAAUUUGCACAAUCCGUUUCUUAUUUUCACUUAAUUUCAAACUUUUCCUUUGCUUGACCUGCGAACAUGCAAUUGGGUCUUGAUAGUCUUAAAAUACUACCAAUAUUGAUGAUACUUGAUGUGCAUGUGUUAUUUCUUAGCGACACUGAGCAUGCCUGCGUUGCAUUUGUGUUUGUUUUUAUUGUUUCUAGUUAAGCCAUUCCCAGGAGAUGAGGUGACUGGGGGAAGUAGACGAGCAGAUCUUUGGAGCGAGUGUCAGUAGCUCAGUGCUUAGCGCCAUGGUAGCGCAGUGGUUAGCGCCACUGUAGCGCAGUGGUUAGCGCCACUGUAGCGCAGUGGUUAGUGCCACUGUAGCGCAGUCUUAGCGCCACUGUAGCGCAGUGGUUAGCGCCACUGUAGCGCAGUGGUAAGUGCCACUGUAGUGCAGAGGUUAGUGCCACUAUCGCAGUGCUUAGCGCCACUGUACACGCAGUGGUUAGCGCCACUGUAGCGCAGUGGUUAGCGCACUGUAGCGCAGUGGUUAGCGCCACUGUAGCGCAGUGAUGGCGGCGUCGAGUUGAGAGGAGCCAGCCGUAAGUUAGAACCUCGGUUCAUUAUUAUUUCUCUUUACCGCUGGUGAGCGGCGCUUGGUUGCCGUCAAAAAGGUGGUGCUUGCAGCAUGGCCCUGGGUUAGUGUCCCUAAGCAAACUGGGUACUUACCUGUGGGGAUCUUAAGGAGGGUAUUUGUGAUACCAGCGAUGCUAUCAUUCCAGCAGGACGCAAGUAUUCCCGCAAAAUGCCUACAUACUUCUUAAGGUAUACUUUUUCCGCCCAAUUGCGUUUACAAGGCUGUGAAAACAAUCUUCCUCCUAUUUUCUAUGUUGAAUUGCUUGUUAACGUUUCGUUGGCUUAAGAGAGGAAGAAUACCAAACAAUUUAACAGUACUUUGCUUCUCUGUAAUAACCGAGUAAUGGGUUCCAAAAGCCGUAAUAUGGCCAUGAACACUAAUUUGGUGUCUAAAUUAACGAAUUUAUUCUACAAUUACCUUGAUAUUACUGUACCAAAUUUGCUGCCAAUGGAAAACUUUUCAGUUGUCUUUCGCAAUAAUAAUUUAAGAAUUUUAUUUCUAAUGCUGACGAAAAAAAUAUGGCAAUCUGUGUGAAGACUGUAAAUAUGUUUGAUUGCGAGUGAUUUCAAAUAUUGUUCUCGUGUUUUCAUUUUUGGUCUGUUUUUGAUCUUUUUGGUGUGUCGAUUUAUGUACGAGUGUGAUAUCUUGCCAGUAGUGUUACCGAAGUGUUGCGUUGCCAUGCGGGUCGCUAGGAGGGAGGAUACGAGCUUAAUAUAAGCUCAAUUCGUUACAUUUUGUUCAGUUGCUUCUACAAACAAAUUGGAGCGUUGAUCAUUUCACUUAUAACAUGCUCUUUUCACCAGGUUUCGUGAUUUUCAUGCUGCAACAUGCUCUAUGUACCUCAUCAGGUAUCUAAUUUAGAUGCAAGAAAUGAUUUACAUUAUAGCUUCAAUUGAUGGAUCAUAAUUUAUCGACAAUCGGAUUUAUCCUCGUGCUUGGAAUUAUUUCGUAUUUAGCUGAUGCUGAACGUAGAAAUGAAGCGAGAAUCAUACCGAUGAAUUUUUUUCCUCUUUUUGAAGUUUGCACAUGUUAGAAUAUAGUCGUGCAAUUCAGUUAUUGGCGAUCAUAGCGUAGUUUCAUACACAUCCUUCCAGGAGGCUGAUUAAAAUGUGCUACUUGCCUCAACUCAAAAAAGGACAUGGAUUGAUCCUACCAAUAACAUGGUUGCAUUAUAUCCUACCGUUGCAUGAUGGCUGCCGCUGAUGCAAUGGAUUAAAAGUAUUAAAAUGUUC